AUGGCUAACAUAGUCGAGGAUUUCAGGCUAUGCCACGGUUUACUGUUUGAUCAAGACGGUGUGCGCCUUGCGUAUAAGUGUGCGGUGAGAGCGAAUUGGUCCAUCGAAGAAUCGCCAAAGACAAGACCCUCUGUACGGCUUAUAAAUACUCACAGAAUACAAGAUACCUUUAUAUAUGCAAAUAACCUUACACUUGAUAAAGAUGCCAUUCUUUUUAAUCCCCCGAAAGCAUUUUCUCGUUAUAAAGAAAACAAUCCUUUGUAUGAAAGGACGCUCGAUAAGGCGGUCAUCUUCCGAAUAGACAAAGAACUAUGGAAUAUCAAUCUUAUACGUGAGGAUGUCAAACCGACCGAUGAAUUUGUUGAAGCAAUAAAGAAAGCGAUUGAACAUAACACACCGCAUAUAGCAUUAGAUGAUGUAUUCUCUGACUACGGAUAUUGGAUGAAUUACCAAAUUAAAGUGGGCAGCAGGUUACAACGUAUUACUCAAUUUCAGGCCUCCGAAGAAGACGAUCACAAGGAUGUCGAAUUAUGUCAAACAGAAUGGAUAGAUUGCGAAAAUGAUCUAUACAAUGAAAUUUACAUUGAAUGGUCAAAGAGAAUACAUCCCUUUAAGAGCAACUACUUACUUUCUGCUGACGACUCCUUAGUAAAAAUCGAGAAAAUAGGCGAAUGGUUAGAGUACGGUCCAAGAACAUCUAGUCAAUGGAGUGUAAUUGAAAGAGCCGACUUUGUUCCAACUUAUAAAUUGCUAGAUGAAUCUUUAAUUGCAAAGAUCGAAAUGUUAUUCAGCGAUGAAACAGAAAUACUUAUGAUUGGAGAAUCACCAAUAGAUUGCCAGUUUGCUGAUCUUUGUCACGUCGAGUUCUCUCAACCGCUAUUGAGUGAUGCAUAUAAAAUUGAUGGGGAAGUCUACAGUAGUGGGGAAAGAUGUGAUGUAGCUAUAACACUAUAUUUUGCAAACAUUUAUGGAUUUUCUCUCGAAAUUGAAUGGCAUAAAUAUCCUGAAGAAGCAGAAGAUAUUUAUGUCAAAUGGAAUUUAUCGGGUAAUCGUGCUAGGAUUGGCUACUAUGGCCAGUUGAAGGUUGAGACUUGUGAAGACAAAACGCAGGACAGAGAAUCGUAUGUUGAAUCAGAUGUACCUCAUCAUAGUCAAUCAAGCGAAAUUCCUGCAACAUUGCAAUUAGCCGAAAAGGAAGAAGGAGAGAGAGAAGUACAUACCGGAUCGGGUCUACCUCAUCAUAAUCACCUCAAUGACUUUUACGAUGAACUCUUAAAAAACGCCUUGGAAACUAAAAGCACCGAAUACAAACCUCUUUUUCAAGAACACCAAUCAAGUAAAAAUCUUGUAUCAUUGCGACCAUUACCAAUGAGUUCUUCUGAG